AUGCAUGCGAGAAAUCAAGGGACUUCUCGCUCCAAGUAUAAAUGUGGGAUUUGUGGACAGCCCAAGAAGGGGCACGUUUGCCAAGCUGCUCAAAGUGGUAACCUGCGCAGUGCAGCUUCGAGCUCGGAUGCAGGGAGUGUAAAUGCGGACAGGCGAAAAUUGCUGGAGAAACUACAGCAAAGAAUGGGAAAGCAAGAUAGCGAAACUCAUGAGGCAGAUUCCAAAAAUUUCUCGGAUGGGAUUGAUGAUCAAGAGUCCGAUGAUGCUAUGGAAGACAACGAUGAUGGGAUGGGCAUGCUUGGUUUGCCCCAGGUGUAG